CUACUUGGGCCCAUAUUUUAUUUCAAAGUGUGAAAGCUACUGAGACCUGCUUCCAACACCUUUGCCUCCCCACCCUACACAGGGUGUAAGCACAUGAUCUUUGGUCUUUUAUUUGCAUACUCUAAUAGUCCUGUCUUCAUUGGAGGGAAGUGGCUGGCCAGACCUGGGCUGUCUUGCUGGCUGCCCUCCUUUGCUGGAAGGAACUUAUCUCCUAUGUACACAGCCCUUGGAGUUCAGAGGCCUCUGCUGACCUCUGCCCAACCUCUCCCUCUCUGCACUCAAGCCCUCACUGGUACAUACAGGAGCAAAAGCAGGCAAGGACUAGGAAAAAGGAGAGGAGGCUGGAGACAGGCUGCCAGAGGGCUCAGAAGCCCAGCUCUUCUCCCUACCCCAACUCUCUCCACCUGCUUCUGUGGCCACAGCAACAGAAGACAGUUAGCAAGACAAGAAGCCCUGGUCCAUAAGGACCGGUACCUUAUGGAGAGUGGUGUCAUUAGCUGUGACACCUAAGAUGUCUCAAGAGAUGGAAGAACUCACCCAAACCAGGUUGCAGAAGAUCUGGAUUCCACACAGCAGCGGCAGCAGUGGGCUGCAACGGAGGAGGGGCUCAUCCAUACCCCAGUUUACCAAUUCCCCCACAAUGGUGAUUAUGGUGGGUUUACCAGCUCGAGGAAAGACUUACAUCUCUACAAAGCUCACCAGAUAUCUGAACUGGAUAGGAACACCAACUAAAGUGUUUAAUUUAGGCCAGUAUCGAAGAGAGGUAGUUAGCUACAAGAACUACGAAUUCUUUCUCCCAGACAACAUGGAAGCCCUUCUUAUCAGGAAGCAGUGUGCUUUGGCAGCCCUGAAGGAUGUCCAUGACUAUCUCAGCCAUGAGGAAGGUCGCGUUGCGGUGUUUGAUGCCACCAACACUACCAGAGAACGACGAUCACUAAUUUUGCAGUUUGCUAAGGAACAUGGUUACAAGGUGUUUUUUAUUGAGUCCAUCUGUAAUGACCCUGGCAUCAUUGCAGAAAACAUCAGGCAAGUGAAACUUGGCAGCCCUGAUUACAUAGACUGUGACCGAGAAAAGGUUCUGGAAGACUUUCUAAAAAGAAUUGAAUGCUAUGAGCUCAAUUACCAACCCUUGGAUGAUGAACUGGACAGCCACCUGUCCUACAUCAAGAUCUUCGACGUGGGCACGCGCUACAUGGUGAACCGAGUGCAGGACCACAUCCAGAGCCGCACAGUAUACUAUCUUAUGAACAUCCAUGUCACACCCCGCUCCAUCUACCUAUGCCGGCAUGGUGAGAGUGAACUCAACCUCAGAGGCCGCAUUGGAGGUGACUCUGGCCUGUCAGCUCGGGGCAAGCAGUAUGCUUAUGCUCUGGCCAACUUCAUUCAGUCCCAGGGCAUCAGCUCCCUGAAAGUGUGGACAAGCCACAUGAAGAGGACUAUCCAGACAGCUGAGGCUCUGGGCGUCCCCUAUGAGCAGUGGAAGGCCCUGAACGAGAUUGAUGCGGGUGUGUGUGAGGAGAUGACCUAUGAAGAAAUUCAGGAACAUUACCCUGAAGAAUUUGCACUAAGGGACCAAGAUAAAUAUCGCUACCGCUAUCCCAAGGGAGAGUCCUAUGAGGAUCUGGUUCAGCGUCUGGAGCCAGUUAUAAUGGAGCUAGAACGGCAGGAAAAUGUACUGGUGAUCUGUCACCAGGCUGUCAUGCGGUGCCUCCUAGCCUACUUCCUGGAUAAGAGCUCAGAUGAACUGCCAUAUCUCAAGUGCCCUCUGCACACAGUGCUCAAACUCACACCUGUGGCGUAUGGCUGCAAAGUGGAGUCCAUCUACCUGAAUGUGGAGGCCGUAAACACACACCGGGAGAAGCCUGAGAAUGUGGACGUUACCCGAGAACGUGAGGAAGCCCUGGACACCGUCCCUGCCCACUACUGAGUCCUUUCCAGGAGGCCAAACUACCUCUUUCCUCACUGUAUUCCACCUCUAGAAGCUUCUACCUUUGUUCUUCUUCUACACUGAGAAGACUGGAUUUGGCUUCACUGGGAGAGUCCUGCUUUCAGUGAAGAGGCCCUCAGCAGUUCUAAAACAGGUCUUGAUUUCUAGCUACAACCAAGGAGCUGUCUAGUUCUGGAUGAAACUUUUUUCUUAAUUUGCAUUCCCUGAGCAAUGAAAACUUCUCUUGCUGCCUUUAAGAGGGGAGAGAUGGUCAUUCUGAGGCUUCUCCCACAGGAUCUUCUUAAGAUCCUGACCCUGUAAAGUGUCUCUAGUACUGUGGGGGUGUGGAAUGGGAGAGAGCUUCCUGGCAGAAAGAGUCCUGGGGUAGCACCUCCAAAAGUGAGGUAGGAGAUAGAUCCCUGUAACUGCCUGUUGGCCUUGUUCUUUGGUGAGCAGUGUGGCUGGGGGCUUGGCACCAUCAUCCCUAUACUCAGAGAAGCUGUUCUUGGACCACAGUACUCCUCUCUUCUCCAAUUCUUGCUGCCACUCUGAGUGUUAUCACUGUCCAUAUAAAUAAUCCAAACAAUACCCUGGCUUCCCAGCCCCACUCAACUCCAUUGAUCACCCAUUCCAUGGAUGUUGACAUCAUGUAGACUUCUCCCAAGUCUGACUUCUUAAAUAUAAGCAUACCAGUGUCUGACCACUGGCCCCUAGUCCUUACACCUUUCUGUGUCAUCCACAAGAUCCCUAGCAGCAUGCCUCCUACACAGUAGGCAUGCACAUAGUAUUCCUGGGCAGGUCCCAGCAACCCAGUGCUGGAAAAACAUUCAUACAUUCACUGCCUUUGUUCCUUUGUCCUUACAUCACAACCACCAGCAACCCAAACCUUGUAUAAUCCACAUGACUUUUUUUGGUUGAUCACUGCUUGAAGAAAAUCUACAUUUAGCUGCUUCCACAGCCAGCCUUAAAUCCUGUUCAAAGUCAGAGUCAUCCUCUAUUUUCUGGCACUCUAUGCCAUCCCACCUUCUCAGGGAUGCACUACUUCAGUCAAUUCCUGACUAUUCCUUUUCUAUCUACUGUCCUUCUCUGUUGACCCCAUGGUCUAUAAAAUAUGGUAGAGCCUCUCUCCUAUCCCAAUAAAACCCUCACUUGUUUCUAUGUCCACUUCUAGUUAUCUCCCUCUUUCUCCUUCCAUUCUUAUAGAAACAUCUCUAAAAUGAAUCUAUAAUUACUAUCCAGAACCUUCUCCCUCUGCAUUCUGUUCCAGGCCUUCCCCCUCCACAUCUUUGUUCAAGCUCUUAUCCCCUUGCAUGCCAUGCUUUCCCCAGGUCUCUAUCCCACUGAAGUCAUACUUGCCUUUUAGCCUAACCUGGCCUUUUAGCCCACCCUUCCCUCAAGAGUUAUGCUGAUCUCUAGCUCUUCUAUGAACCCAAAAUAUUACUCACAACCUAAGCACAAUUAUAAAAAACUCUAAUUCAUUUUGCAAAUUUAAUGUAACUCUGAUACCAAAAUAUGACAGUACACAAAAAGCAAACAAUAAAGCAGGAUUGGCAACCAAAUUUUUCAUAGCAUGCCAACUUCAGCUGAUUGGUAGUAUUUGCUUUUUGCUUAGACUGCUUGGUGAACAAAGAUUCCAAGGAUGUACCUUGGCUCCAUGGGAAGGAAGGACUGCUGCAACUCACUAGUGAUAUCUGUAAACAUGGGAAAUAAACCUGAACACAAAACACCAAAAAGGAAUAUAUAUUAGCACCAAAUGUACAGUUUUCUCAUACUUCUCCCAUUGUCCUCAUUUUCCCAGCCUGCCUUCCCACCUUGGGGUUUCUUAUAACAUCUCCCAACACUUAUAUUAAUACCCAUGGGCCUUAGCUGUGGAAAUGCUGUAAUUACCUGAAACCUCACUAGCCAUAGGAGAAACUGCAGGCACCAAGGCUGGUGGCUCCACCACCAAAGGCAGCACUGUUGCUCAGUCCACCGCUGAAGCCAGCACUGGUGUUCAGUCCACCACUGAAGCCAACGAUAGAGCUGGGUCCACCACUGAAGCCAAUGCUGGUGCUGGGUUCACCAGUAAAGCCAAUGCUGGUGUUGAAACCACUGCCAAAGCCAAUGAUGCUACUCAAUCCUCCAUCGAAGCUGGUAUUAGGCCCACCACCAUAGCCAUCACUGAUGUUGAGGCUACCACUAAAGCCAGCCCUGGUGCCAAGUGUGCUGCCAAAACCAGCAUUGACGCCCAGUCUACCAUCAGAGCCAUCGCUGGAGAUUAGUCCACCACCAAAGCCAGCACUGGUGCUCAGUCCACCACUGAAGCUAGGACAGGUACUUAGUCCACCACCGAAGCUAGUGCUGGUGCUCAGUCCACCACCACCAAACCCAGUGUUGGUAGUUAACCCAUUGCCAAAGUUAAAACCCACACUGGUGCUAAGUCCAUUAACAAAUCUGGCACUGGUAGCUCCACUGAAGCAGGUGCUGGUGCCAGGAGGGCCACCGAAGCAUAGGUUGGUGUUAGACACAUUGCCAGAGCAGAGGCUGGUGCUGGGAUCUCCACCAAAGCCAAUGCUGGUGCUGGGAGAACUUGCAAAGUCAGUAGUGGUGCUAAGUGCUCCACUGAAGUCAGCACUAGUGUUGAACACACUGCCAAAGCCAGAGUUGGUGGUGGGUACACCACUGAAGCCAGUGCUAGUGCUGACAGCACUACUGAAACCAGCACUGGUGUUGAGUGCACCACCAAAGUCAACACUGGUCCUGAUUGCACCACCAAAGCUGCCACAAGUACUGGGAGAGCCACUGAAGCAGAUGCUGGUGCUUAGUAUACCGUGAAAGUCAGUAAUGGUGCUGGACGAUCCAGUGAAGGAGACACUGGUGCUGAGUAUGCUAUCAAAACCAGCGCUGGUGCUAGAAGAACGACCGAAGCAGAUAUUAGUAGUGAGUGUGCCACCAAAGCUGGCACUAGAGCUGGGAGGGCCACCAAAGCAGACGCUGGUACUGAGUGUGCCACCAAAGCCAGUGCUGGUACUAAGUGCACCACUAAAGACCACGCUGGUGCUGGGUGCACUGCCAAGGCAGGCACUAGUAAUGAGCACACCACUGAAGCCAGCUGUGGGGCUCAGUGUGCCUCCAAAGCCAGAGCUGGUUCCAUCACUGAAACUGGUACUGGUGAUCAGUGGGCCACUGAAACUAGAACUGACCCCACCAUUGAAGCUGGCACUGGUACAAGGUGUGCCACCAAAGCUAACACUGGCUCCACCACUGAAAUUGGAGCAAGUGCUGGGUGUGCCACCAAAAUUAAUGCUGGUUGCACUGCUGAAGCUGGCACUGGUGCUGGGUGUGCCACCAAAGCUAAUGCCAGUUCUGUCACCAAAGCCACCACUGGGACUGGGUACACCACUGAAGCUAACACUAACACCAUUGUGGAAGCUAGCUCUGGUGCUAGCUCCUUUGCUGAAGUCGAUGUUGGUGCUGACAUCUGCAUUUUCUUGGGCUAUGGCCUCAGUUUCAAAUGAAAAUGUGCUCCAGGCCUGAGCAUCAUCGCCUAACUCUUCCCUUGUUAGGUAGUCGAUAUCCAUGUCAUCCCAAUUCCAGGGCCCAGCCACAGCUUCCUCUCCAUUUCCCAUUUGGGAUCUUGCCUCAGCCCUGGCCUCAGCCUCAGCUACAGCCACAGCUGCAGCCUGGACGUCCAUCUCCACUGCGCCCUGGUACUGAGCAGCCCAGUCCUUGGGGUCUCUUUUCUGCACCUGAAAUGGGAAUGAUAAUCAUUAUAAGGAAAAUAACAUUAUAAUGACGUAUUAAGUACAUAUUAUGGGCUUUGUAUAAAACCAAUAGCAGUACUUUUUUUUUAUUCUUCAUUUCUGGGGCUCUUUCAUGGAUCAGUCUUGAGAUCCAAUUUCAGCUUUAAUAACUUAGGUGCUGGGUGACCUUGAAUAAGUCACUUAACCUCACUGAGCCCGUCUUCAUCUGUAAUUUGGGAAAUGGUAAGAGAGUAAAUAUACAUUAUGGAUUAAAUGUUGUGCCCUUCCCCCAAAUUCAUAUGUUAACGUACCACCCAUCACUGUGAAUGUAUUUGGAGAUAGGGCCUGUAUGAAGGUGAAGUUAAAUGAAGUCAUAAUGGUAGAGCUCUGAUCCAAUAGAAUUAGUGUCCCCAAAAAAAGAGGUUCUCUUCCCACCAUGUGAGGACAUAGCAAGAAGGACAUAGCCAGUGGAGAAAGAGGUUUCACCAGAAACUGACACUGCUAGACCCUGAUCUGGGACUUCCAGCCUCCAAAACUAUGAAAAAAUAAAUUUCUGUUGUUUAAGCCACCCAGUUUGUUUUGUUAUAACAUUCUGAACAUAC